AGACGAAGUGACUAUUUAUGUUCAUGAAAAAAAGACCCUAGAAAUCCAAAUCCAUGGAUGAAAAGAAUUUCACUGCAGUGAAGGAGUUCAUCCUUCUGGGAUUCACAGCAGAUCCAGGGGUACAACAGGUGCUCUUUUUCAUCUUCCUCAUCAUUUAUAUCUUCAGCCUCUUAGGAAAUAUGACCUUGAUUUCUCUAAUCUGUGCUGAUUCUCAGCUCCACACACCCAUGUAUUUCUUCAUUGGAAACCUGUCAUUCCUGGAUCUCUGGUAUUCAUCUGUCUAUGCCCCCAAGAUCCUAGUGACCUGCAUCUCUGAAGACAAAAGCAUCUCCUUUGCUGGCUGCCUGGCUCAGUUCUUCUUCUCUGCUGGACUGGCCUACAGUGAAUGUUACCUUUUGGCUGCCAUGGCUUAUGACCGCUAUGUGGCCAUCUCCAACCCCUUACUGUAUUCCCAGGCUAUGUCCCCAAGGUUAUGUGCCAGUCUGGUUGCAGCUUCCUACCUUGGUGGCUUUGUCAAUUCCACUAUCAUCACCAGUGAGACAUUUACUCUGAGCUUCUGUGGUGACAAUGUCAUUGAUGAUUUCUUCUGUGAUCUGCCCCCACUAGUAAAGCUGGCCUGUGAUGUGAAGGAGAGCUAUCAGGCUGUGCUGUACUUUAUACUUGCCUCCAACGUCAUCACCCCCACUGUUCUUAUUCUCGCCUCCUACCUCUUCAUCAUUGCAGCCAUCUUGAAAAUCCGCUCCACCCAGGGCCGCCUCAAGGCCUUCUCCACCUGUGGGUCUCACCUGACGGCCGUCACUCUCUACUAUGGUUCCAUUCUCUUUAUUUACUCCCGACCUAGUACUAGCUAUGCCCUGGAACGGGAUAAAGUGGUGUCAGUGUUCUACACUGUGGUGAUUCCAAUGCUGAACCCUUUGAUCUAUAGCUUAAGAAAUAAAGAUGUCAAAAAUGCUCUGAGGAAAAUGUUAAAUUGA